CUCACUUUCAUACCCAAAACCGAUGCUGAAAAGUCCAGUCCAUCCCCCCCAAUUCCGAUCACAUGUGACUUCCCCUGAUUCUCUAUAAUGCUGCGUACCGGAAAUGGCGUCACCAGUAAUGGGUUGGUGGAGAUGAAGGAGCGCCAGCGCUGGAGACCCGAAGAAGACAGCCUUCUCCUCGCUUAUGUCAAGCAGUACGGCCCUAAAGAAUGGAGUCUGAUUCCUCAGAGAAUGGGUAAGCCGCUGGAUCGGGAUCCCAAGUCCUGCCUUGAGCGGUGGAAGAAUUACCUGAAACCCGGCCUGAAGAAGGGCUCCUUGACGCCGGAGGAGCAGGGCCUGGUCAUUUCUCUCCAGGCGAAGUACGGCAACAAGUGGAAGAAGAUCGCCGCCGAGAUCCCCGGCCGGACGGCCAAGAGGCUGGGGAAGUGGUGGGAGGUUUUCAAGGAGAAUCAGGCGAAGCAGCUCCAGAAAACGCGGAAGCGCCAGGGCUUUCACGACGGGGCUACUCUCUCCGGCGGGGGCUCGCCGGAAACCGCCGUACAGGGGAAGUACGAUCACAUUCUCGAAACCUUCGCGGAGAAGUACGUACAGCCAAUAACGCUCUAUGGGUGUACGUUUCAGUCGUCCCUGCCCCUCCCGCCACCCAUCUCGCCGCCGCCGCCCGUACUUUCCCUCGGCGCCGGAGAACCCACGGCAACCGGAGCACCCUCCCCUGUUCUCCUCCCUCCAUGGAUGAAUUACACCAUCCCCUCCGCUCCGGCGUCUUCGUCUUCAUCGACCUCGGCCUCCACACCGGCCCUGCAAUCUCCGCCUUCCGUCAUCAGCCUCAACCUUUCAACCCCACCCGAACCCCUGCAACAGCAGCAGAUCUGCACCCUGAUCCAGUACUGCAAGGAGCUGGAAGAAGGGCGGCAGAAUUGGGUUCAGCACAGGAAGGAGGCGACAUGGCGGAUGAACAGGGUGGAGCAGCAGCUGGAGGCAGAGAAGGCUCGGAAAAGGAGAGAAAAAAUGGAGGAGAUAGAAACAAGGGUGAGGUGUUUGAGGGAAGAAGAAGAUGGGUUUUAUGGAAGGAUUGAGAAUGAGUACAGGGAACAGGUGAUUGCAGUUCAGAGAGAUGGAGAAGCUAAAGAGGCAAAGUUAAUGGAAGCAUUGAGCAAGCAGCAUGGGAGGCUGGCUAAGGUUGUAGAACAAAUUGGUCUGUGGUGAAUUAGUUGUAAGUAGGACAUAGAUUUCAUAGCUAGCAAGUCAUCAUCAAGCUGCAUGUUUCACAGAUUUGGUGUCCAAUUCUUCCAAACACAUUGUAAAGACUGGAAAUUUGAAUGGGCAAUUCUUCCAAACCAUUGUAAAGACUGGAAAUUUGAAUGGUCAAUUCUUGUCCAUCUACAUAGGCCUUAACCGACAUUCUCCCUUCUCUAAAGGAAUCUGGGCAUCGUCAACGAAAAAUUAUUAUUUAUGGUUGCCCCUUGUUCGGGCCUGAGGACACCAUCCGCAACGGACAAGAAACACUAUGCUUGCACUUCACUUUCCCUUUGGGUUUCAGAGGGGUUGAAUCUUGUCCCGAUUUCAUCACUAUAGCAAGCGGCCAUGUGUUGUUUCAGAAAUUUUGAGUGACGGAGAUCCAAAUACUAGACUUCCCUAUUGUAAAAGAUGAAGAUGGAGAAGAAUUGAAAUUGCCCAGCCUAGAGAUUCCCUCAAGCGAACGGCGGUUCAGACGGAAAUUUACUUAUGUCUCAUUUAUUGUAUUUCUAGCCAUAGUACGAGAAGUUUGGAUUAAUUGUGUAAAUAUUUGAAGUAGGGAUUAUUUUUGUUUAAUUGAUCAAAGUAGGGAUUAAUAUUGUCAAUUUCGCC